AUGCCUCCGGUGCUGCAGAUGGAAAAUCUCAACUACGAGCAGCUCGAGCAGCUGAGGAACUCGGUGCUGAUGUACAAGCAAGGGGUCCAAGCCAAGUUCAGUGGUGGCGCCGGGGUUUAUGGCUACGGCGGCAAUGCGCCGGGGUAUGGACAGAAUGUGCAGUAUCCGCCGAUGGGCUACAACUAUGGAGAUCCCUACAACGCCGCCGCUGGAGGCUUCAAUGCGAACGUUGGCGGCGCUCAUGCCGGGGCUAAUUAUUGGGGAUUUCCCGGCAGCUCUGGCGACAUUAACAGCGCUCAAGGCGGGGCUAAUUAUGGAGGAUUUCCCGGAAGCUCUGACGCUAGCAUCGACGGUGCUCAGGGAGGGGCAAAUUAUGGAGGAUUUCCCGGAAACUAUUAUCACCACCACCCUGGGUAUUAG